AUGACUAAUAAGUUUCGGGUCAUACUUGUGUGUUCUUAUCCAGCCUUUUUAGGAGGGGUCCAGGUAGUUAUCGCCUUCUGGACCCCUCCCAGCGCCGGCCCGCUCCUGUUGCGGGCUCCGUCUCAAAAUUUUCCUCUCUUUAGGCGACGUCCGGCACACGCGGACGCCGCCCCCUCGCGGCUGGCCAAACUCAUGCGGGUGGAGGGGAGAACCCAUCCCGUCCACCCGCGGCCACACUCAGGGCGGCAUGAGGCGCAGGUGAGCGCGCCUCCGCCGCCCGGUUCGCCGGCGGCGGAUCGGGUCCGAGUGGAGGUCGUCCUCCCGGGCCUUCUCCGCCGCCUCCUUCUGCGAGAUUACCUCCUCGCAGAAAGUUGCGACCGCGGUAAAAACACUGUCGCUACCGGCCAUGGAGCGAACUACGGCCGGUAG